AUUAAUAAGUGACGUGAUCGUAAAGUUAAUCUUAACGUGGUCGAUUCUUUUUUCUCUAUGACGUACCGUACGUAUCCGAACGUACUCCAGCUUUUCUCUAAGAAUCAAUCUCGCCUAUUCUACGGGGAUGAACGAUUGAAGAUCACGGAGAGAAGUCUCUGAGGAUAGAGUAGGUGGAUAUUGAUGAGACGGUCAGAUUUGACCGACUCUUGGCUUUCUCAAGGAACCAUCGUCUUUAACACCUAGUAAUCGCAUGAGGAUCACCCGGAUUUCUCGACUUGGGCUAUAAAUUGAAAGAUUGAACGGGAGGAAGUGAAGAAAUUUACGCAUCGAUGAUCAGCUAGAAAGUUACUGAAAUAUUAACACGUGGUGAAAUAUAUUACCGGGAUGGACGACGGAAGAGGAUAUUCUUGUGUAAUUAAUAAGCGUCGUGUCGGACGGACAAAUAUGCGCGUUGCGGAACACUUGUGCAUCAUCGCGGCAUCUAAACAUUCGCAAAAUAUUUCGCAAUGAGACACCAGCAUCGUGGUGCCAUGUGCGCGACGACACCUCGCUGUUAAACGAGUAUUUGCUGCACCGGGUCUCUUCUUCUCGAGGUCGGCAAUGGGCGGUGUGCAAAGUGGAACUCAUAAUCUUGGAGAAGCGUUAUGGGCGCAGGAACGACAACGGCAAAAGUGCCAUCGAGAGGGCAGUCGCUACGACUCCCACUCGGCACAAUCGACGCAGGACCGCAGGAAGCUGCUGAAACGCACGAAAAGCCUUGCAGUGAUAUCCGAAGACGAGUCCCGUCAGGAUCGAGAGGCGGCGCAUCACUUUCGACUCGGCCAAUCGACCUUCGAUCUGCCGAGAAAGCAUCAAUUGAUACCGAGAGCCAAGCUGAUAGAUCGUAAUUCCCUCAAGGGCAGACUCUCCAAGAGUCAGCAGCAUCUUUCCGACUCUUACGAGAGAUUCAACGAAACCAAAUCUUAUCACUCGCGGUCGACGUGCGGUCUUCACUCAAUUCCUGGUCUCGUGUCUCUCCCAGACCCGCUACCUUACACUCGAGGAAAUCGCGCCGAUCCCGAUCGGCUGAAUAUCCUCGACUGGCCGGAUCCUCCAAGACGAUAUCGCAGCGUACAAAACUUAGAUACCGUAAGCGGAUUGGUAGACAUCGUCGAGGACAAUUGGCCCAUUGAAGGCAAUCGAAGUAUCGACUGUAUAUAUACACAGGUAAAGCGCAAGCGUAAGGAGCACAGAAGCUUGGAUAGUAUUCUCUUCGAAGACGACGCGGAGCUAGAAUACUUCGAUGUACUAAAUUUACUGCCUCUCUCUAACAUACGCCUAGAAUACGAUAGGGCAAACUCGUCGAGGGAUGAUAAUUGUGCGCAAAAUAAGGAGCGAGCGCAUGUUCUGAGAGAUUUAAGAGCACUCGAGUACAACGAGCCGAGCAGCGCAAACGAAGAGACUUCGCCGUCGAGAAGCGGCAACGCGACGGACGAGGAGAAAUGCAAAGAACACACAACGAAAGAGAAUAAUUCCGCUCGAAUAGACAGCGAUCCUAUACAGGACUUCUGCCAGGACCUCGAUUCACCUAAGAGAACCAGCUCCAACCGGCAAGGCUUGGCGGAGCGAAAGCGCCGAGAAUUCGACGAGAGUUCUGAGGAAGACUCGGAGAUUAGCUCGGCGAACAAGUUCGUGGAUCAACGUGCUUCUUCUUCUUCCUCUUCCUCUUCCCCCUCGUCCAAAACCGGUCAGGACCAGCAAGGAUCUGCCGAUGUCGAACGUUUCAUGAAUCUUUGCGAGGUGGAUCGCAAGAUCGAGGAGGUAGAGGACUACAAGUCGAUUUGGAUCUCGGGUAAGAGCCAGGACGAGAUGUCUCGAAGGCCGCAAAUCCUCAAGGUUGUCGAUAAUGACGUCACCAGAAGACGUCAUCGACGUUCGGUCGUGGAAAUCGAUGCAAUCGUCGAGGACGUGCCAAGGGAUAAGAGACCGCAGGAAAUUGCAAAGAGAGCAAACGAGCGCGUGGAUGCAUCCGUGAUAAAGUUAAAUAAUGCAAACAAUGAAGACGAAACUCAUGGGAAAAGUGUGCAGGACGCUAAAACGUCGGAAAAUGCGGCAAUGGUGGAAAACGUGAGGAAUUUCUUCGAGCGGAAAAGCACGGAGAAGGAGACUGCAAGAAAUAAGCAGAACGAAGGGAGGUUUGAAAGAAUCGUAAAAGAGACGUCCAGUAUUCUCGGUAAAGCAUGCAGUGUCGUAAAAGGCAGUUUGGGUUUUGAAGCGAGAUCGGAGAGCUCCGAUCUUGGUCUCGGUUCUGAAUCCGGAAGUGAUUCUCGCCGGAGAUCAAUGGAUGACGGCGUCGAAGACGAUCGGCCGUCCAGAAACGCGGACACAUCCUCGUCGAAAACCGGCGACGGUAAAAAGCCGCACACCAAUCUUACCAGGUCGAGAAGCUGCGUGGACUCGAUAGAGUGCCAGGACGACGGUCCGGAGUUCGAUCACGUGCGCUACAAGAUCGUUAAAUCGCAUAUGUUCAGCAAAAACAUGUUCAACACUGCCAAAGGCGACGUCACGUACGAAGGGCUGAUGCAGUAUCUGCGCGAGUACUCGUUCCAGGAGUUAUUGAUGGACAAUAAUGUCGUCAUCAUCGAGCCGGUUCGCGCCGAGGCGGUGGAACGGAAGUCGUCACCGAUGGCAAGAACAGAGCCCACGUGCAAGAUCGCCGGUGCGAUCCAGAAGAAGAUGGAGAAACGCGAGAAAAACGGCGAAGAACAGUCUGAAAGCGGCACUUCUAAAAGUUCCAAAUCGACCAUCAGAAAACAUUUCUUUUAUCAUCCAAUACGGGUGAAUCGCGAGUUGAUUGAUGAAGAACUACCGGAUCCGGAUACGGUCCGAAACGUGAGACGCAUGUUCGAGAACACGCUUGAAAAGAAGAAGAGCACGUCCGACACCGAGUUUUCCCGGGACUGCAAAAGCAGACGAAGCAUUAGCAUGAAGGAUCUGACAAGCAUCGAUGAUAGUCAAUAUGACGAAAUAUCUGACAAGACACGUGAGGAAUCCAGGUCCAGAUGUUCCAGUAGAGCGAAAGAUCUCACAAGACUCUUCGAGACCAAAUCGGCGUCAUCGACCGCUUCCGUCACCAAAGAAGAUCCUGGAAGCCCGCGAGGCGAAUCGAAGACGAGAAUUCUCGCGCAGACUUUCGAGGCCAGAAGCGGAAAUACGUCACCGAGUGACUCCAACUGUUCGAAGAACAAGGUCGGCCGUUAUCAUCACCACCACCACCACCAUCAUCAUCAUCAUCAUCACCAAACUUGGGACUCCGGCAGCGUAAGUUCUGGCGUGUCCAGUGAUUAUCCCGAUACCGAUCCAGGAAGUGGUGCUCAUUGCACGUCGUCCGAUGACGAGGAUGUGAAUUGCAACGAAGAUGACGGCACGGACAGUCCAGGGCAUUACGUGUCUCAAGACGUGCUGAAGAAAAUCCGCGAAUACGGCACUUCGGUGACUUACUACGGUGGCAAAGUAGUCAACACCCACAACGGACCGCUAAUAUCGCCACUGAUUGGCAACGGCUUCAAGCAAACCGAUCGAUCGAACGAUUAUGUAAAAUUUAAGUUGGUGAAGAGCAACUCUUGCGACAGCAGACUAGAACUGACCGGCAGAUUCGUCGAAGGACAAUUGCUGCGCCAUAACCGCGACAGAAGUAUCGACCUGAGACAGUGCACCAUCGCGGAGACACCCAGUAUCGAGAUCACGACGAUCGACAGCAGACAAGAGGACGAGAAACAGAGAGACGAGGAUGUUGAGCAGAUUGAGCAAGUGAAGAGAGAACCACCGGUGGUGAUUGGUCUCGAGCCAAAAAGAGAAGAUUCUCAGGAAACAAAAACUACCUUCAAGGCUGAAUUUAAGCUGGGCGAUUUGAACGACUCGAAUUCCAAUUAUCCAAACAGAUUCAGAUCGAGCGCGUUAACAAGGUGGGAAGUAAACACAAGCAAUUGGAAGGUUAGCAAUGAUUUUGGUAAAAUGGAGUUCGAGGAGUUUGAAGUGCUCGAAGAUAGUCUCAACGGGAUCGAAGGCCAAAACUAAUACACAGACAUAUUGGUAGAAAAAAGUUCUUGUGUAUAUUUAUCUCUUUUUGCAAAAAAAGAUUAUAACAACGAUUGUUAAAGGAUAUAUCGUGAUUGUUAUUUUUAAUAAACGUAAGUCGUGAGAAUAUCUAUUUUAUGAAAAAAACAAUUUUAUUAUGAAAAAAUAUUUAUAAAGUUAUUAGGAUCGUGUUGUGGUUGUUUUUUGGUUGUUUCAAUAAUAAAAACGAACGUAAUGAGAAUGUUAAUAGUCAAGAUAAUUUAUUAGACUUAUACGUAAAUAUAUAUAUAAUAUCACAUUAAUCCGUUAGUCUAUUGGAGGUGGAUAAGUCCACAUGAGUCAUAUUUUAUAGCAGAUGAUAAACAUUGAUAAAGAGUGGAUAAAGUUUAUAUAUUGUAAGUAUAGAAAAUCCAAUGUAAUAUUAUAUAAUGCACAAAGCGUACACGAAUGAGCGACACAUACAUAUAUGAUUAAAAUGCGUAAUAAAUAAUACCAUGUAUUAUACUACCAUUAGUUUUAUUAAAUAUCCUAUAUUCUCUUUGCAACUCGCGGAAAAUUGUACGAUCGUUAAAUAUUCUUCCUCAAAAUUAUAUCAUUACAAUUAAAAAUAAAUUUAAAACAAAUCUUGCAGUAAUUUUUAUUA